AUGACAGAAUCGUCCCUAUUGAAGAGGCUAGAGGACGUCACUUCUCGUUUGGAGGACCUCUACAGCAAGGGUGUAGUAGAUAGGUCAAGCCCACCCAACAAAUCCCCCGAGUUGCCCGAAUUCGUAGUCAACUUCGAUACUAAGUUGGCUGUUUCCCUCGAUGAAGUCAGGAAGAAGGCUGACAGUGUUGGGGAGAGUGUGGUCACUUGUGCUACCCAACACUACUGUGAGUGUAUUGGGAUGCUUAGGAAUUUACUCUUACUCACUACUAUUGCCAAGAAGCCUCAGGAUGGUGAUUGGCAGUCAGUGUUAGCACCAGUAAUGGGCUUAUCGAAGGAAGUCGGCAAGCUGUUGGACUCUGCUGGUCGUGCUGGUGAGUUAGCCCCUCAUGUGAAGGCUACGACGGAGGCGAUGAACCUGGUUAUGAUGUUUGUGACUCCUGGUAACCCUAAGGAUGUCAUCACCAAUUGCUUGGAGAGUGCUGAUUACUACUUCAUGCAGGUAUUGCGACGGAAGAUAGAAGCCGAGUCAGCUUGGGUUAAGGCGAUGAAAGCUAGUCUUACUCAUCUCCAACAGUACUUCUCUGAUGAUGACAGAUUCAAGAUGGGCAUAAUGUGGAAGGUCAAGGAUGGAGCCGAUCCCAAGGAGUGA